GCUAAAAAGGGGUUGGCAUGGAAAAGCUUCAAGCUCAAGAAGAUCAGCUCAUUUUCUUCCAUGGCGUCUCCAACCCUACACAUUUUAAAUAAUUUUGUAGCCCAAAGACAACAACACAGCAUGGUAGUAGCCAAACUAUUUAUACCUUAAACCUCCCCCUUUUUCAGACCUCGCUCUUUUCAACCUCCUUGGCUUAUUGUUAAGUGUGUGAAAUUCUCUCUCUCUCUCUCUCAACCCAAGAAUAAAAGGCAUCCACAGUUCAACGCAAGAAAGAGGACGACAUCUGCCUCCCGGUCUCUUUCUCUCUCUCUCUCUUCCACCCAUGGCUUCGAACACCAACAUGCAGAGCUACGGAUCCGACCCGGCGUCGCCCCACACGACCUUCGUCCAGGCCGACCCGUCGAACUUCCGGGCCAUAGUCCAGAAGCUGACCGGCGCUCCCGAGGACCCCUCCGCCCACAAGCUCCCCCUCACCCUCCCUUCGAGGCUCACCCCCAAACCGCCGCCGGCCGCGGCCGCCGCGACGUCCAGCUCCGACGUGGGGCUCCGGCGGCCCGCCUUCAAGCUCCACGAGCGGAGGCAGAGGAAGCUUGACAUGAUCCAGCUCAGCCACAAGGACGUCGGGUUCUACGCGGACAAGCACGUCCUCACCUCUCCGCCACUUCCUUCUUCCUCCUCGCUCUCCCCGACGUGGCUGAGGCAGUACGGGAAGAGAGGCGGGCUGGUGGGAUUCGGCGGCUGCGGCGAGGCGGUGAUGGUGUCGCCGGUGUCGCCGCUGGAUCUGUUCGGGAGGGCGAGCCCGAGAACGCCGACGACCCCGGCAUUGUUGUCGCCCCGUGAAGAAGAAAAAGCCGAGGAGAGAGCGAUUGCAGAGAAAGGGUUUUACCUGCACCCGAGCACUCCGAGAAAAGCCGAGCCCGAGCUGCUGCCCCUCUUCCCUCUGCACUCUCCUAGAGACCAAGAUCGUCAAGAGCGUCCCUGAUAAUUUUAAAUCUUAGUUAGCUAACAAGAAACAAGAUCUUUUAUAUUUUCUUCUUCUUCUUCUUCUUCUUCUUCUUUUUUGUCCUCUUUUGGUUCUUGAUGCGUCUGGUGCUUAUUAAUUUUGAUCUGGUUUUGCGAGUUUCAUGAGGACCGAUGUUGGUUGGCUUCGUCGGUCGCGUGACUAAUUUGUACUGUACUGGUUGCUAUUGAUUGAUUGUGUACUUUGUUCUUUUCCUCCA